GGCCGUGGGUCUCGGCUGUGCAUCAGUCAGUCCCACGGUGUGCCGCCAUGUCGGAGGUUGCCUCGGGGCUGGCCAAGCGGGCGUACUGGCUGUGUGGUAAGCGUGGCUGCAACGCUUGGAACUGGUGCGACAAGCGUUGGACGUGCAAAGUGUGUGGCACCAGUGCGCCCCCUUGGACGAAGGAGUACCGUACUGACAAGGGCCCCCCGAGAGUGGACGCUGACGGGUUCGUACAGCAGCCCAGAGGGAGGGCUGAACAGCGGGCUGCGAGGCGCUCAGCUUCCCAGCGGGCCCUCUCUGGGAGCACCGCGCCCAGCAGCACCCCCAACAGCAGGGCGCGGCGUGGGCGACCUUGGGGGGAGGCCAAGGCCCAGUUCGAGGAGCUGCAGGCGCAGCUCGUGGCGGCCAGGGAGCGCGUCGGCAAGCUCCAGGGGGCCCUGGCGCUCGGGCUCUCGGCGGACUUCCAGCGUGAGGCCGAGAGCGCCCUCCAGCUGGGCAAGGACCAGGUCGCAGCCCUGGAGCUGGCCGUCCAGGAUGCCCAGCGGACGGUGCGCCCACCUCACUCGGUGCUCCACAUCGAGGCCAACGCCAUUAAGAAGGUCGAGCGCCAGCUGGCUGCGGCGCGCACCAAGAAGGAGAAGCUCCAGCUGCAGGCGUCCGAGCUGCGCGAACUCAUCGCUGAGAAGCAGGAGCAGCUCUCGGCAGCCGAGCUGGGAGUGGAUGAGGUCGCGGGGCAGAUUGCCGAGCUGGAGGAUACCCGAGCCAAGGUCACGCAGCAGGCGAUCCAGCGGGCCAACGUGGCCGUCGGAGGUGUUCCGAGCCCGCUUGGGGACGCAGUCCAAGGGCUGCUCACUCAGGUCGGCGCCCUGUCGGAUCUCCUCAAGCAGCACGGGUCGGAGCUGCCCCCGAGGUUUUCCGAGAUCGUCGGGAUUCUCAACACGCAGAAGGAGGCGGUCGCCGAAGUGCUCAGGCCCCGCAGCAGCUCGGCCACGACGCGUUGGGGGGACAGCGUCGGGGACGAUGGCCUCGCGACCGAUGUUGACGACAUGCCGCUUGACAUCGUGGCCUCUGGGGGGCCUGCGGCCGCCCCGCCCUCUGCAGCCCCGCAGGCAGGGCCCACCGCGGCUGGGCCGCCAGGCCCGCGGGCCAAGUCAGUGGACGGGCCCUACGGCCCUGCUGCGGCCCGCGGCCAGCACGGGGCGACCCUGGGCACGUGGCCUCAGGUGGAGCCGGGCCUCGCCAAGGCCCUCGCCGAGCAAGGGGCGGCCCUCGCGGACAGCGACCCCCUGGUGGCUGCGGGACGUGCGAGGGCCCAGCUGCUGGGACAGGUGGAGGAGGUGCUGUGGUGGCUGCUGGCGCACCCGCGGCCAUCGCAAGCGGCGGGCGGCGCCGUGCACCCCUGCCCGAGGGGCUCGGCGUCCUCUGUGUCGUGCGCUGGGCAGCGUGCAGUCCGCGUGGCAGCCGUCAUGGGCAAGGCGCCGAUGGUGGACAGGGGGGGAGGCCAGCAGCUACGAGCUGGCCUUGUCCUCCUCGGCUGCAAUGGCAACACUUGGAGCAGGAGCAUCGAGGUCAUAGAGGCCUUCUCCAAGACGUGCUACUACUGGCUCGACGUGGUGGCGCGGCAGGAGACGAGGCUAUCGCAUGUGCGCCUGCCCAGUGCAGCGGCUCAGGCCCGCGGCCUGGGCUACGUGGCAGUCCUCCCCGAGGCAGCGCUGUCGGUCAACCAGGGGCCCCAGGCGACCUCAGGCGGGGCGGCGGUCCUUGUGCGAGUCGGCGUGCAGGCCGCCGAGUCAGAGUUCUCGCUGCCCUCCGCCUUGCGGCACCGCAUUCGCUGUGUGGAGGUAGCCUCAGCCUCGGGCCCGCAGUCCCUGGCGGUCUCUGAGUAUGUCCAGCACCCUGCGGGCCCGCGAGUCUCCGACCUGGUCCUGUUUUCGGCCUUCUCGGAGGUGACGGGCCUCUCUGCCGACAUCCUGCGGGUCCUCCAAGCCGUCUUCAACGUGGAGCCUGAGCCCCUCGUGGAGAUCCUCAUCGGCUGUGCGUCUACGGUCAGCUGUCUCACGUUGGGCAAGAGGCACGCAACGGCAGCCAGCAGGCCCAAUGCCCCUCUCUGGGAGGGGAUCUACGCCUCGCUGGACGUGGACACGCUCAAGGCGACCAUGGCCGCAGCUCACUGUACCGCCUGUGGCGUGCUGGACAGCAAGGUCACGGAGGCCCACCUCAGCGGCAACGGCCUUGCCGACAGCUGGGCCAAGGCAGGUGCGGAGCGGCACCGAGCCAGUGCGGUGGCCAGGCGCGGGCUCUUCGGCACGAUGGAAGUGGUGAUUGAGCUUUCAGGCGGGGAGGCGCAAGUCUCCCUCAUCUGGCAGUGGAUUGCCUUCGACAGGUGCGGAGUCGGCGCGGCCAAGCUGGAGCUGAUGGCGGGCACCCACGGCGGGGCUUAUGCGAGGCUUGGCGGGAGCAGAGGUGCGGCGCCCAAGCUCAAGGAGCUAUGGCCUGGCGCUGCGGCGGCUCGGCCCGAGCCAGCGCAGCCGAGGCGCAGCAUCGCGCCCAGGCUUGAGCGGCAGCUCGCUGUAUGGGCGCGCUUCUGGACCCAGACCCCCGAGGUUGGCGAAACGAUGGAAGGCUACAGCGAGUGGAUGGACCACUGCGUCGGCUACGUCACGCAGAUCCUGUCCCAGCCGCGCUUCGCCUCCAGGCUGCGGGCGCGUGGGAGGACGGCCGAGGAGUUAGCCGAGGAGAUCUGCGAGCGGGCCUGGGGGACUGGCAUGCCUGCGAGGAGGGCCUACUACAGGUGGCGCUACACGCUGACGCGGUCGCAGAUGAUCGUGUCGGACUGCAUACGGCGCUACGAAUACGUCUGCCUGCGGACGUGGAUGGCCGAGCUGCAGCGGGAAGGGCAGCCCCCGCCCAUUG